UACGUCACACAACAAAAACAAACAAACACCGAAAUCGCGAAUGAAAUGUCAAAAAAAGUUACAUCAAAACAAAAUUCUUUCAGGCGUUUUCAGACUUUCAGCGGAGAAUAUUAAAAAUCAUUUUUUCAUGUCGGGAAUGAUAACGCGCGCAAGAGCUUUCUCAACGGAAGUUCUGAAAGUUGUCAACAAUGUUGCUAAGCAACAGUUCAUGGUUUCCAUUCGAGGCGCUGACGCCGUAUUAGAAUACGAUAAAAGUGGGAAGAAUAUCACGUUUAUUCACACCAAUGUACCGAAAGAAUUUCAAGGGAAAGGCGUUGGAAAGAUUCUAGCCAAGUAUGCAUUUGACUAUGCAGUGGACAACAAGCUUGAUGUGACUUGCAAGUGUCAUUUCCUCGCUCAUUACUUGGAGAGUAAUCAAAGCAAAUACAAGAAUCUCAAAGUCAAACUGGAAUUGGAAUAAAGUUCAUAAUGGAUUUCUCAUGGUAUAGGUGUAGUAUACAUUAUUAUUUACGUGAAAAGUACUAUGGUAAGGCUAAAAAAAUUGCACAACUGGCAUCUACGCAGUACAAUGACACCGCAGAGUUUGAGUUUUAUAGUGGACUGGCUAGUAUUUUAGAGGGACAAGUACAAAGAGGACUAAAUGAGCUCACCCCGUUACAGUCCGAUAAAGAUAUUCAAUUAGCGGUUGUGAUGACUUUAAUUUAUGGAUACAAACUUGGCAAUAUGUUGGAUAGAGAGGCACUAUACAGCCUAGAAUCUAAAUUAAAGGAAGAAAAGAAACAAGCGUCUGCAACAUCAUACUACUAUGCAGGAUUAUUUCUUUCGCUGGCCGAGAAGUAUGAUCGAGCAUCUGAAUAUAUCAAUAAGGCGUUACGAAAAGAUCCAAACAACUUGGAUGCUAUUAUUUUAAAGGGUUGGAAUGAAAUAUAUUUGAACCUGGGAGAGAUGCAAAUGUCUACUUUGGAUUGCCUGGAAUUAGCCCUCACUAAAAGUGACAGAAAUAUUGAGGCACUUCUUGGGAUAGCAAGAUUCAAAUAUUAUGCUAAAGACUUUGACGCAUCAAACUUAGCUUUAGAUAAACUUAUUGUGAAUAAUCCAGGGCAAGUGAUUCCCCUUGUAGAGAAAAUGAAAAAUGAAUUUGCCUUGCAAAGGUGGGAAGCAGUGUAUGACACUAUGGAGAGAAUAUUCCCUCUGGACCCUGAUAACUUGGAAGCAAUGAAAAUCAAGAUUUUCAUUACUCUAUGCAAGAACUCUGAUUACAUAGAAGCAGCUGAUCAACUAAACAAGUACUACUCUAUUCUUGAAAAUGAAGAAGGACAUAACGGAUAUCAAUUCUUCAACACAACACAAAUAUUUUCAAAAAUUUGUGGUCGAUCCAGUGCUGUACUAUCUCAAGUGUACAGAUUUGCUCAAUAUGCUUCUGAAAUGUAUUCUAAUAAUGUUGAUUAUUUGAGUGAAGUUGGAUACCAAUGUAUCUUGCAAGGAAAGUAUAGGGAUGCCCUAAAUUUCUUUAAAGCAGCAAGCAAAAUUGAUAGUAAUUCUAUUACAGCAUUGUGUGGGCUAACAUUAUGUCAAAUGUUUGAAAAUGGACCAACUGAUCAGAUUGGACAACAAGUUGAGUUGCUUUUUGAAAUGCAAGGGCCAAACAAAUUGCCUGUUCUGUAUCUUUUGUCAGCACAGUUGAAUUCUAAGAACACUUCUAAUGCACUUUCUUUUCUCAACACAGCACUAGAAAGUAGGAUAGCAUAUGCAAAUAUUCAUCCAUUUGGCUUAGAUUAUGUCAAAGUACUAGACCCUGAUUUUCUACUGGAUGUGUACAAAGAAUACAGGAAGCAUUUACCUAAGAAGCCUUUUGUUAUUAUUGGAUACAUUUUAUAUUCUCAAGAAGGGACUAAUUCAUCAGUGGCCAGCUGCUUCAAACUUCUGAAUACUAUUUGUGAAGCAUGCCCAGGCUUGAUUGCAGCAUUAUAUGAGUUGGCUAAGCUGAAAUUUUUGUUUGGUUAUGCAAAUGAUGGUCAGAAAAUGGCCCAGCAAAUUAGUGAGCUGGAUAGCACCCAUGUUGGAAGCCAGAUUUUAUUGGCACAGAUAUACAUCCAACAGCAGGCUUUUCAAAAAGCUGCUCAAUGCUUGGAAAUGUGCUUGAGCUACAACUUCAAAGUGAGAGACAGUGCUAUGUAUCAUUUUCUCAAUGGGGUAAUUCUGAAAAGUACCAAUCAAAUCCAGGAAGCCCUGUCCAGUUUUAUGACGAGUCUGCAGAUUGCGACUAGUAAGGCUUCCAGUAUGAGCCGUCAUCAAGAGUCAGAAAUGAAUAUUAUCGACAAAGCCACAUUAUAUCUCCAGGUUAUCGAGAUACAAACGUCUUUAGAACAAUUUGGUGAAGCUGGGAAAACGAUGCAGGAAGCAAUUCAAGAGUUCUCGUAUACAUCAGAAGAAAGUCGACUCUCAAUUGCUAAAGCAGACUUAGCCUUGAAGAAAGGCGACGUCGACAACGCUAUAGACAUCCUCAACGAGAUCAAACCUGGCCAGCCAUACUACUUCCAAGCCCAUAGUAAAAAGGCCCACAUAUAUUUAAAGGAGAAGAACGAUCGGGGAAUGUUUACGACUUGUUUUAAGGAAAUUGUGAGCAACCACCCCAUGGCUGACGCUCAUUCUAUGAUGGGAGAUGCAUUCAUGUCUAUUUGUGAACCAGCUCAAGCAGCAGAAUCUUACGAGGCAGCGCUCAAAGGGAAUCCAAAAGAUAUACAGCUCAUCAAAAAACUAGGCUCGGCUCUAGUCAAAAUGCAUGAAUACGACAAAGCGACGCAGCACUACGAAAACGCAAUCAAGUUGUUGAGUGACGAUGAACUCAUGUUUGAAUAUCUCAAUUUACUUGUAAAGCUAAAACAGUACGAAAAAGUCGACUCCACCAUUUCUCACGAGCUGAACCAAUCCUACAGCAAGGACAAAGAUAUCAACACUCUAAAAAGGCGAGUCCGUUACCUCGUCACCCAGGCUAAGAGCAGGGAACUGAAGAAUCCAACCGCUGGCAACACCACAUUGAUCCUAGCCGAAGCGAGAGAAAUACAGACUGCUAUAGUUAAAAGAAUAGAAAUAGAUUCAAGAGGGGACUUGCAAGAAGAAAAGCAGAUGUUGUCAACAGUUCUCUGUGCAUUGGCUAAGGUGAAAUCGGUGAAGGAACCGGCUGUGGCCGCUAAUUUAUAUUCGGAAGCCCUGAUACACUCGCCGAGGGAUCCUAGCACUUUGUUGGCGUUGGCCAAACUCUUUGCGCACAUAAAUAAUCCAGAGAAAUGUGAGCAGACAUGUGCGGUACUGCUGAAUGCUGAUCCCAACAACGAAUCUGCUGCAGUCAUGAUGGCCGAUUUAGCAUUUCGCAAGGUGGACCUAGAAACAGCCCAGCGCCACCUGAACCAGAUUCUCUCAGUGAAGCCGACAAGCUGGGAGGCGCUGGCGCAGCUUAUCGAGGUGCAGUGGCGCCGCGGCCGCCUGCCCGACGCGGAGCUAUCGCUGGAGGCUGCUAAAGUGGCGUUGGGGGACCUGGAUGACCCGGGCUACCACUACUGCGCGGGCCUAUGUUCUCUCUACGGAGGCCGAGCCAACGCGGCGCUCCGCCAGUUGAACCUAUCACGACGGUCGUCUCGUUGGGGGCGGAGCGCCGCACGCCGUAUGGCGCUACUAUGUCUGACGCAUCAUGCGCCAGCUGCGUUGCCUGACUCUUUUGCUGGGAACGGGGAUGAGCCCGACACACGCCUGCUUGCGCUGCGAACGGCCGAGAAACUCCUAGCAGAAGUGUCUCCAGCGGACCGCAAGCCGCUGCAAGCGCUGCUACAACUGGCUACGAGGCAGAAGCAGCAGGCCGAGCGGGUGCUGCAAGAACUACUGCCGCUAGUCGCUGAUGACGGGCACCAGGACGACCCGUACUUGAUACUGGCCAUUGCUAACGCUUACAACAUAAUCAAGCAACCAACUCGGGCUAAGAAUAUACUGAAAAGGACAAUAUCAUCGAUACCCUGGUCGCCAGAAAAUGCUGAUGGAUUGGAAAGGUGCUGGCUAGAAGUAGCCGACAGUCAAGUCAGCUCCGGGAGAAUGGACGCAGCGAAAGAACUGUUGACAAAAGUUCUAACACACAACAACUCCUGCGCAACGGCCUAUCAAUAUCUAGGUUACCUUGCCGAAAAAGAACAAAACUACAAAAGUGCUGCAUCCAACUACGACAGUGCAUGGACGCACGGAGGCAAGAGCGAACUCGCCGUUGGAUACAAACUAGCGCAUGCGUAUCUAAAGCUAAAGAAAUACCCUGAGUGUAUAGUCGUCUGCAGACACAUACUGAAAGUGCACCCAGACUAUCCUAAGAUCAAGAAAGAGAUCUUGGAGAAGGCUAAAACUAAUUUGAGAACUUAGUGAAAUUAUGUUCCUUGUUAGACCCACGUUUUUGCACAAAGGUGUAUUUUUGAACUACUGUCUUCAUUGUACGAAGUUUUGAAUCGAUCUAUCCCUCCAAAUCUUAGCGAAUGCGUAGAGAAAGAAAGACGUCAUCAACAAUAUCGUGCCCUGAGUGCCCAAGCAACUGCACUCAGGAGGAUUUGAUGAG